AUGGCUUCGUCGCAAGGCAAGAACGAGCCGCGGUUCGCCGACUGGAUGGCAGCUCUGCCCGACAGCAUCCGCAGCACCCCGCUCACCAACCUGGCCAUCCCAGGUUCCCAUGACUCUUUUAGCUUCUACAUCGAUGAAGCCUCUCCAGUUGGGCCUGAACAGCCAGAAACAGUCCAGAACUUUGUGUCUGUCUUUGGGACAGUGGCUAAAAAGCUGAUGAGGAAGUGGUUGGCUACACAGACCAUGAAUUUCACCAGCCAGCUGGGUGCAGGUAUACGGUAUUUUGAUCUUAGGAUUUCCACCAAGCCCAGAGACCCAGACAACGAACUCUACUUUGCUCAUGGCUUAUUCAGUGCCAAAGUCAAGGAAGGCCUGGAAGAGAUCAAUGCAUUCCUUGCUGACCACCUAAAAGAAGUGGUUUUCUUGGACUUCAAUCAUUUCUAUGGAAUGCAGAAAUACCAUCAUGAAAAGCUUGUCCAGAUGCUCAAGGACACAUAUGGAAACAAAAUGUGUCCUGCUAUAUUUGCCCAUGAAGUAAGCCUCCAGUACCUGUGGGAAAAGGAACACCAAGUGCUGGUUUUUUAUCACAGCCCAGUGGCUCUUGAGGUACCAUUUCUUUGGCCAGGCCAGAUGAUGCCAGCUCCAUGGGCAAAUACAACAGAUCCAGAAAAACUAAUUCAGUUCCUCCAGGCAUCAAUCACUGAAAGAAGAAAGAAGGGCUCCUUUUUUAUAUCUCAAGUAGUGCUGACACCAAAGGCUAGUACAGUGGUGAAAGGUGUUGCAAGUGGUCUCAGAGAAACAAUAACAGAAAGGGCUCUUCCUGCAAUGAUGCAGUGGGUCCGAACUCAGAAACCAGGAGAAGGUGGUGUGAAUAUUAUCACUGCAGAUUUUGUAGAACUCGGUGACUUUAUCAGCACUGUUAUAAAGCUCAACUAUACCCUGGAUGAAGGUGAAGAUGACACUACUUGAUAGUACUGCAAUAUGUUUGCUGUUGUGCUAUUUAGAAUUAAAAAAAAAAAAAAAAAAAAAAAAAAAAAAGAUUGCAUUUUAAAAGAAAUAUUGUGUGAACACUGAUCUUUCUAAAACACAUUGAAGUGUUUAGGGCUUUAGUGGCUGAGCUUAGGGGAAAUAUUUUAAUCAAUUAUGAUCAUUUUUUACAUUUGUGUUUCACGUGAAGAGCAAAACUAACCAUGUUUACAGUGUUUGAUAUGAGAAGACCAUUUACAUAUUUUCCAUGAGAUACCAAAUGCAAUUCUUGUGUUCUGUGGUUGUGAGCAGUGCCAAGAAACUUGCUGCUUUCAGCACUGUGGGAUGUGUGUUGUCCUCUGACUGCCCAUAGCAGGAUUCCCAAGGUGUGAAUAUUACACCAGGCGUCUGAGGACAAUAUAUAUGGCCCUAGAAUUUUAAGCCACUACACUUCAUCUGUUAGGUGAUUUAAUGCAUUGUAUUUAUGCCUUUGUGAAGUAAAUACAAAGUCAUGGCUCCAACUCAUGUAUAAUCACUGGGUAGUAAACACAAUGCAUUACUCAGCUUGCACAGAGCAUUGACUAAAUCCUGCUUGUUUUUAUUUCUCAGAGUGGAGGUUUUCAGUGUCUCUGCCCCAAGUUAAGUGAGUCAGCAGUUACGUAUUGAUGGCAUAAGUCUGUACUACAUGCUGCCAAUGUGCAUUUUCCAUGGCUUUAGCAGUUAUAGCCAUUUUCCUUGGCUUUAGUUAGGCCAACUUGGAGCACUGUUCCUUCCCAGGACCAACCUCACAUGAGAGUCUGAUCCAACAUCCAUUGAAUUUAAUAGAGAAAUUUAUUGUGUUAGCAUAAACUGAGCAUGGAAUCAAUGAGCAGGAUUUUGUCAUAUAGUAGAAAUAUGCUUUCUGCAGGAUUAAAAAUGUAGUUUAGAAAAAAUAGAUGCAGUGUGAACUUCUUUUUGGAGUGCCUGUAAAUACAACAUUUCUCUACUGAUUAAAAAAAAAAAAAUCAGUGCCAGUUUCAUAGUGAAGAACUGCUGUACUAAAGAGUGUAGUAGUUCAAUAUCUAGCUAAAAACAGUAUGCUAUAGUUCUUACAUUGUAUGUGGGAAAUAAUGCAGCAUAAAGCAAGCUUAGAAGUCUGUUGAGUGGCACUGUUCUAGCAGUGGAAUCUCUGAUCAUUGCGCUUUUAACAAAGCAUAUAAAAUAUAAAUAUAUGGAAAAGUUAGUAAGUUAUAAAAUGAGAGCAUUGCCACUGUAUAACACCUAACUGGAUAUAGUGCCAUCAGUCAGAUGUCCUUAUUACAUCAAUGCAUAUACACUCAGCUUUGGAAAGCCAAAUGUUUCAUUUGUACAAACCAAUAGAUUCUAUAUUGUCAUACAAGGAAAAUGCUCUUUGAAAUAUGCUUUCUAGGAUAAGACUAGGGUCAAGUUCCAUUCAUAUUGCUGGAACUUUCCACUCAGUGAGAAGGGAGAAAAGCGUCAUAUGGUACUUUGCUGUUUUCUGUCCGAUGGUAAUUACCAUCUACCAUCAGAUUCUAUCAAAACAAAAGUGGUCUCAUUGAAACAGAUGAGUUAUGGGGGAUUUGUUGGUUGGUUUUGUUGUGUUUUGUUGUUCUUGUUGUUGUAGGGUUUUUUUAAUCAUUUUAUGAAGAAGUGGGUUAAAAUGAACACUUGCUGCUAUUUUGUACUGAGAGAGGGUGCCUUGAAAAAUGUGUGUGUGUGUGUGUGUGUGUGUGUACAGCAGAGAAACAUUUAAGUGUAUCUGUACAAUGAAGACACAUUUUAAAUAUUUAUGUAUACAAUACAAGGACAUCCAUGCACACUUCCAUAAUGCUAUUCUAGAGAAAAAGACUGCAAGUGUUAGGAAGUUAUGAUGCCUCCUGGACUAGCAGUUGUGUGCUUAAGAGUGUAAAAAUCAUCCUUAGUGAAAUCUGUGAUCUAAGCCAGUUAGGUUUUGUACAGCAUUAACAUUUGAAGUUGAUCUAAAAUAUUUACCAAGAGCCACAGCCCAUCUUUGCAUUGAAAAGGGGUAGAGCUUGGUGCUUUUAUCCAGGACUACACAAGAUGUCAGGAGGGUUGGUGCACAUCGUUGUCAGUUUCCACAGCUUCGUCAAUUAAAGUAAUGGACACAUAAAGUAAAACCAGAGCAUGUGUGUUCAGGAAGCCUGUGCAAACUGUUUUACUUAGUUCGUAAAGCGUUUCCUUUUCUUCCAUGUGGAGUGUGUCAUAGAGAAACAUGAAAAUGUUUGCUUGUUUAUUCGACAUGUGGUGUGAAGUGCUCCUUUUAUCCUUUUGUGUAACUGAAUUUACUUGCUUCCAGAUUCUUCCUGUCAUUCUUUAGCUACUUAGUACAUCUAGGCUAUCCUUCUAAUACUGUAAAACAGUCAGGAUCUUUGGAUGGAGCAAAAACCGGGUUUGUUCUUUUGGAUUCUGGCUGACAUUCUGUUGGAUUUAAGAGCAUCAACAGUGAGUUCCUCCUGGGACCCCUGGCUCAAAUUUACACCAGACACACCAAGUCUCUCGCUUACACAAGGGUGUAUUUAAAGCAAAUGUUCUGCUUGUUGAAGAAAACGUGUGUUUGUGUGUGUGUGUGCCUAUGUAUAUGAAUAAAUAUAAAGCUAUAUCAUAUCUUCAGCUUAUUGACGUUGUUAUGAAAUGUUUGCUUAGCAUCAUUGUAUUCUAAUUAUCAUUUGGGUGCUGGAAAAUAAAAGCAAAAAGAAAAAAAAAAACAACAAUCCUCUGACAAGAAGGAUAAUAGAUAAAUCACAUAGUUUCUCCAUUAAUUGGGGAAAACAUUAAAUUUUGGUCAGAAAAUUUGUUUUCAUUUUGCUGUCGAUCUCCUUUCUGUUGGAGAAGCACAGUACCUUAUGAUGGGGACAGGUAAACAAACUUGCCUUAAUUACUAAAAUAAAAAAGUGGAGGUGGGGGGAAGCAUGCUAUCCACUCUUUCCUGGCGAUUUCAUCUGUAAGGCACCAAAACUGUAAUCAAACUGUCUUGAUGGGGAUACACUCCCAGCUGGAUAUCAUCUGGGAGAUCUCGCCAGAAAAGAGCAAGCCAGAAAAGACUAUGCAACACAACUGGACCACUCUAGAGGCCCGUGUUGCCAUCCAUAUGCAGCUAAAACUUUCUGAUUUCAUCCAGAAAUGUGCUUGCAGAAGAACUGCAGGACUGGGUCGGACUAGUUGUCUGACUUCAUUCAUUUGAGAAGUUUGUACCCGUGUGUUAUGAGGGAUCCUGCAUGGAAAGUUAGAAGACUGUAAUUGGACUAUCAGAGGAAAAAUACCUGUCUACACUGUUGAUCUCCAUGAGUAUCCUUUUAUUUAAAAUGUGAUGUCGCUUGCUGUCAAAGCAUUUUCUCCUCCUAUGUUCAUUUUCCCCCUUGCUAUGUUCAUGUGUGCAUGUGAAGCACCAUCGCUUUCUGACCUUUUUGUGUGAUUACUUACAUUUUCUUUCAGUCAUGGAAAGUUACAACUACUUCAUACAAUUCAAGAUGAAAGGCAGUGGAGCAGUUUCUUAGCUAGUGUAAAGCUAAGUAGCUCCAUCUUUCAGUUCAUGCUAGCUGAGGGUCUCUUCAUUUGAUGUUGGCACAACUUGUGUUGAUGGUAAACAAUACAGCAGCUGGUUCUAGGAGUAUGAGUCCAGCCUUGGGCAAAGACUCAGAACCAGACCAAAGGAGCCUAGUUUUAAAGUCAGGGGGCUAUUCAUUUGCUGUUGGUUAUGUUACUAGUUGUGUGGGUUCUGCCAUUUCAAGCCAUUCUUUUACACAUACAUAUGUAUGUGAAUAUAUUUGCACAUGUGUGUGAGAGAAUGUGUGAUUCUGUAUGCUGGGCUAAGUCCUUCUGUCAUACUGAUACAGAUCUAGGCCAUUUCUAGUAACUUCAAAGCAUUUACUAAUGUUUUAUCCUGAUGAGUAUGGAUGAGAGGGGGCAGACUAGUCAUUGACUAGUAAGUAUGUGCUGUGUUGCAAAGGACAUAAAAAAGCAGUUAACUCCGCUAGAUUGAAGUGGAGUGCCCUGAAAAUAUAGCUCUAGUGCUGUUUAUGCUGACUAUAGUAUUUGGAGCAUUAGGUGUUAGCAACUGAGCAGACUAUUUGGUGACUUCAAGAGUUCAGUUAACAUCAUUUUAAACUUCUAAACUCUUUUCAGUGGAGUAAAAGCUAAUAGCAUAUAUGAUGUAUUUGCCAUAUCUCAGUGGUAGCUUCUGUGUUACAUACAGUCAAUGUUUUUCUGAAUUCUAUAUGUUUACCAAUGAUGAGGUUAAAAUAUGCUCUAUAAUAUGUGCAAUGUAUUGAUUAUAGGUAUGUUGGAGUUUGGUGAUGUAUUUAGUUUUAACUGUGCUGCUGUUUUGUAGACAUGUUUGUGUAUGGAAGUAUGGAUUGUCUACAGUGUAUGAGAAAUAAUAAUUAAUCCUAAAGGAAAAGGGCAGUUAUGUAACCUGCCUUAAUGCAUUUGCAUAAUCUUGUUUAAAGCCCAUAAUUAUGAGUUCUGAUUUCUGGCAUUACUGGGGAUUGACUGUAGGGCUGAGUCCCUCACUUCUCUGCAUUAAGGAGUUAAACUUGAAGUUACCUGGAGCUCAUUUACGUAUUGAUAAACAGAGAAUAGCAUGUUUGCCCAACCUUGAUUGUACCUGGUGGCAAAAAUGUGGUUUCCUGUGUGGUACAGAGCAAAUCACUUCUGCACACACACUGCUCCUGUUGAUGCCAGCAGGAAUCAUGUUCAUGCAAUUGAAAGGUCUGAAUUUCCUCUUCUGGGAUGCCGACAUGACGUUAAGGUUGUGGUACCCUGGCUUUAUGGAAGUGCCUGGAUGCUCAUGUGCAGUACUGCUCAUGUCCCAUACUGGAAUUUAGCUGUAAGUUUGCAGUAAGAGCUUUGAAUUCAGUCCUAUCUGUUCUGUAAUCCAGAUAGGACUGUAAAAAUCCUUAUGUAAAAAGGAUGAAUACUUGAGGCUAUGCAGCCUGGCCUUGCAUACCCACCUACAGCAUUCUGCUUUUAAGAGCCUUGACAGCUUAAAUUCAAAUGGUUGUAGUAAAUUCCUGAAGGCUGACAGGGCCUAGUGCUCUAGGAAGGGGAAUGUAAAUCUCUUUAUUGCCCACAGGUAUGACCUCUCCCCUCUACCAUUCCUACAACUAAAUCUAGUUCUCCUCUUGUGGUUUCAUGUGAGAGAUGCCUCUGCUUGAUUCUAAGGGUGAUGCUGAAAGACGUAAAGAACAAAGAGUAUGCCUCAUGCCUAGCUGAUUUGAUAACAGUAGGCAGAGCAUUCUUGCUUGGCAUGAAGUCAGCCUCAGCAAGACUUAUUUAACCAGUGACAGAAGGGAGGCAGAAGUCUGCUUCGAGACCCUCUUCUGUUAUCUUUGUCCACCUACAGUGAAGCAUCUUUCCAGUUUUCUCCUUUGUCUCUGUUCAGUGUUCCUCAUCUCAGCUUUCACAUUCCCAUCCCUUAACUACUUGUGGUGAAUGGUGUUGUGCUCAAAGUGAGUAUUACAGGUUUGUCAUCCUCACUAGACCAUCACAGUUCACAAGUUCUUACAAAGUAGGCUGCUAAAAGAUGGCACUGUCUGGUAUCUGAUGUUAUCUCCACAUUCCAGAUGACAUAUACAUGUUCUCUUUGAAGGACUUCACCUUGCCUGGUGAGAAGUCAAUCAUACACUUUCUCUCUUCAAAUUAAAGACAAACUGGAUGAUAAGCCAAUGAGGGUCUCUUAACUUUUAGAUGCAGUUAGACUAUUUUACUGCAGUGGAAUAACAAAGACUAGUCUCUUCCCUUGGUUUUAGGUUCUGCCAGAGUCACUUUGACCAGCAAAUUCCUGGAGUGGUUUUGAACUGGAAAAUCAGUUUUGCUGUGAAGCUGGGAUCCUUAAAGCAGAAUCCUAGACUCUGUAUUAUUAUUGAAAAUGAUUAUACAAACUUAAAGUUAUAACUUUGGAAGAAAUAGAAAGGCUUGUCAGGACAGAUGUUUUUUGCCUGUCUCAGACAUGAGUAGCUUUAGGAUCAUUCGAAGUGAUAAUUAGGAUGUUAUUGCCACACUGCCUCCUGAUGAUGUUCAGGUCUCUGUACAGAAGCCUUAUUAUUCCAAAUGAGCAUUAAUGCAUUUGAAUGACUUUCUCCAUUUCUGUGGGAAGAAUGAAUGUGUAACACUGAGGACAUGGAGCUCCAUGUGUGUUGUGUCCACAAAGGUUCACAGAGCUGCACCUUCUCUUUUUAGGAUCUACUUAAUGGUACUUUAAUAAAUGUUGUGUAAAAAAUGCCUAGAGUUCUGUAUAGCAAAUGUGAAUUUUUAUGAGACGAAUGUGUAUUAAUGUAUAAAUAAACAAAUAAAUACUGUUUCUUUGUAUCCAGUGAAACAUCUAAUAAAGUUCUGGUACCUGUG